AGAUGGUGAAGGAACGGUUGAUGGAAUCAUGAAUAUAUAUUUAAGUGUUGAGAGAACUUCAAAACUCCAUUGCUCUGAUUUCUCUGAGAUAAAAUUAUGGCAAAUUCAGAAGAGAAGAAACAUGUUGCAGUGUUUUCUUUCCCCUUUGGAAGCCACCCUACUCCUCUCUUAAACCUGGUGCUGAAGCUGGCUAAUGCUGCUCCCAACUUGCAAUUCUCAUUCAUAGGCACUGAACACUCCAACAACCCUCUUCUCAUCUCAAAUCCCCACAUCCCAAACACCAUCAAGUUCUACAGUAUAAGCGAUGGAGUCCCAGAGGGUCAUGUUCCAGGUGGCCACCCAGUUGAAAGAGUCAACCUUUUUCUUCAGGCUUGUCCUCACAACCUGCAGAAGGGAAUAGACAUGGCAGUGGCUCACACAAAACAGAGAGUUACUUCUGUCAUCGCUGAUGCUUUUGUCGCACCCUCUCUCACCGUGGCUCAGCGCCUGAACGUUCCAUGGGUUGCGGUUUGGCCUCCUUUGUCAUGCUCGCUCUCUGCACAUUUCUACACCGAUUUGAUACGCCACAGGUGUAACUCUGCAGCACGAGACACCCCUUUGGAUUUUGUUCCUGGAUUGUCUAAGAUGCGAGUUGAAGACUUGCCAGAAGAUGUGAUCCAAGGUGUCGGUGAAGAGGAGACACUGUUUUCGAAGACACUAGCGUCAUUGGGAAGUGUGUUACCUCAAGCCGAGGCAGUGGUUGUGAAUUUCUUUGAGGAACUAGACCCACCCUUGUUGGCUAAGGACAUGAAGUCAAAGUUCAAGUACUUUCUUUACGUUGGUUUCCUCACUCUUUCACUGCCUCUGCCACCCUUGCCUCCAUCAGACACAGACGGCACUGGGUGCUUGUCGUGGUUGGACAAGCAGAAGGGUGGGUCAGUGGCGUAUGUUAGCUUCGGGACAGUGGUGACACCACCGCCACAUGAGAUCGUGGCGGUGGCGGAAGCGUUGGAAGCAAGUGGCUUUCCCUUUUUGUGGUCUCUGAAGGAGCAUCUGAAGGGUGUUCUGCCAAGUGGGUUUCUUGAGAGGACAAGAGAACGUGGGAAAGUUGUGGCUUGGGCUCCUCAGACUCAGGUUUUGGGACAUGGUUCUGUGGGAGUGUUCGUGACUCACUGCGGUUGUAACUCGGUGUUUGAGAGCAUGUCGAAUGGAGUGCCUAUGAUAUGCAGGCCUUUCUUUGGCGACCAUGGGUUAACUGGGAGGAUGGUUGAGGAUGUUUGGGAGAUUGGUGUGAGAGUGGAAGGUGGGGUGUUCACGAAAGAUGGGUUGGUGAAAUGCUUGAGACUGAUUCUGGUGGAGGAAGAGGGGAAUCUGAUGAAGAAAAAUGCUGUGAAAGUGAAAACAACAGUGGUGGAUGCAGCUGGAGCACAAGGUAAAGCAGCACAAGAUUUGAACACUUUGGUGGAAGUGGUUUCUAGAUCUUAAUUAGGUCAUUGCUGUUGUCAGAAUGCAGUUUAUAACUGUAAUUUUCUUUUUACAUAUUUUCUCUUGUCGAGGAAUAAUAAGAUCAAUGUCUCAUCUUUCACUGGUGGGAGUAGUUGACCAUAAAUAAAAAGUGGAGAAAGUUGGAUGAGGAUUCCCACACGUCAAGUGAGAACGAAAACUUAAUUUUCAGCCAUGAAUGUUAUUUUCUUUACCUUUUUCUUGCAGUUAUUUUUCAAGAAAAUUAAUAGAAUAUACGAUAAGUCUUCAA